AUGAGCACACAAAAUCGAAUCCCUCCAAGAAUCACCCGGUCGCGCGGCGGCUGCGAGCGCUGUCGAAGGCGACGCCAGAAAUGCGACCAGAAGAAGCCGUCCUGUGAGAGAUGCGUCCUGGCUGGGGCUGGAGGCUCGUGUCGCUAUGAGCUCAAGUUGAGCUGGGGUGGAAGGUCUUUUCGGAAAUCGCCUUUUGGGAAGUACCUUGACAAUGUGGAGAGAGAUAAUGCUGUUGAUGGUCAUGGCUUUGUCUACUGCGUGUCUCAAUCUCGCCCUGCUCAACAACCCCAUUCUUUGGAACCUCGGGCAUCAUCACCACCAUCAGUCAUCCCCUACAACGAGACAAUUCAGCCCGAGUCCCUACCAAAUCUGGAAACGGCUCAGACUAUAGAAGACGACAUCGAAUUUGUCAUCCCCCACGACAACCUUCUAGAAAUCGACCCUGAGCCUGAGACGGUAGAGAAUAACCUCACCCUUGCGCUCCCACCCCCAAGCCAAAUAUCCGUCCUGCCCCCGAUGGCCCACUACUUAUUCCAGUUCUACCUCGCUGAGACCAUGCGCCUUACCGUCCCCAGCAGCUACGCCAGGACCCAGAUCUGCCAUUUCCUCGUCCCCAUGUCGAUGCAGCAACCCAGCCUGCUAUACGCCAUCAUGGCGUUUGCCGCAGUUCAUCUAGAGGCUUCAGGGAGGCUUCCCAGAAACCCAGGACGACUGAUUGAUACACUGCAAUCGACGAGUAUUCGGCAUCUGCGACAGCUGUUGACCGAUGAUGACCCUAUAGCGCAGGCCGCUGCGCUUGCUACAGCGAGGACGCUUUGCCAGGCGCAGAUCUACGGUGGGACAGCGUCUUGGCGUGUUCAUCUGAAUGGUGCAAGGGCUAUUCUUGAAUCAUCUCACUUCAGGACCCGGCUCAUUGGUAGCUGUUCGUGCUCAUCCAUCAACGCAGACUUUCUCUCGAGUUGGUUCAACAACGCAGAAGCACUUGCUGCGCUGAGCCCAUCUGGUCUUCUCCACGGUCAGCUCCAAGUUGGCUGUCAUUCAAGCAGAGAUCUUCGUUUCGACAUGUUUGGGGGCGUCAUGUCGGAUCUUCCCGAUCUGUUCAGGGAGGUCGGUGCCCUGGUCAAAGAGAGUCGCCGGCAGCAGCACAAUCGCGUAUCCGAGAGCACCAUCUUGUCAGAAACCGACAUCGCUCAGGAAGCCGACGCCUUGACGCGAGAGAUUUACUACAGGCUAGAACGUGAUUCGGUAGAGAACCUGGCGAUUCAACCUGAUAUGCUCAUGGGGCUGUCGGUAAAUGAUAUUCAUGACUACGCCUUGAGUAACGCCGGAUUUCUCUACACCGCACUCCUGCAUAUUCACUGUGGAGUACGGGCACUGUCACCAUACGCCGAAGAGGCCCAAUUUUGCGUCGACCAGAUAAUACAAUGCGCCCAAGAUAUGACUUGCUCUUCUGGUCUAUCGCCUAGAGUCUUGCUCGUCGCUCCCCUCUUCACGGCCGGGAUCUGCGCUACGGGCCCUGCACAGGAUAGAAUCCGGUAUGCAUUGACAGACAUAGGGCGGUGGAUGAGGACUCCGCACUUGGCAAAAACUCAAGAGUUAUUAGAGGACAUCUGGCUGCAACCACCUGCAGAACCCCAGAGUUCCCGAGUUUGGUCAUGGUUUGACAAGAUCAACUUUGACUUCCUACCUUACUAG